ACCAAGAAUCGUAGUGAAUGUGAUAGAUAUAUAGAAGAGAGUAAUUGGAACCUUGUUUAUCCUCAUGAUAUUUAUGCAGUAGAAUUCCCCAUAACUCCUAACUUCUUACUGGAAAGAAAGCAAAGAGAAAAGAAAGCAAAGCAGUCAAGUACACCAAUGGGAAUGAUAAUUCAAGAAGCCCUUUUCUUGCUAUCUUGUAUCUACAUUCUUCUUCGGAGUUAUUCCGCAGUUGAAGCAGCAGUAGGAGUUUGUUAUGGCCGUGUUGGUACAAACCUCCCACCACCUUCAGAAGCCAUCAAUCUCAUUAAAUCAAUUGGCGUUUCGAGAAUUAGGCUAUUCAAUCCAGAUCCAGAAGCAUUGCAACCAUUUGCUGGCACUGGAAUAGAGCUCUUAGUUGGAGUUCCCAAUGAAAUCCUCCCUACCCUAGCCAAUAGUCCUGUGACCAUCUCCAUGGAAUGGCUUCAAACCAAUAUUUUUGCCCAUGUUUCCCCUAAUCAAGUUAAAUAUUUAGCCGUUGGCAAUGAAAUCUUCCUUAAAGAUCCAUUUUACUCUCCUUAUAUAGUUCCUGCUAUUUCAAACCUUUACCAAGCUCUUCAAACAUUAGGUCUAGCUACCACAAUUAAGCUUUCUUCUUCCCAUGCAUCUACCAUACUUUCAAAUUCAUACCCUCCAUCAUCUGGAGUUUUUAAUUCUACCAUCAGACCAUUUCUUCUUCCUUUUUUACAAUUUUUACGUCACACCAGCUCACCAUUAAUGGUGAAUGUGUACCCUUUUUUUGCCUAUAUAAAUAAUCCACAGUAUGUUUCUUUGGACCAUGCUGUAUUUAGGUCAUCAUAUGUAGAAUACGACCAGAACUUGGCUUAUGACAACAUGUUCGACGCUUCCAUUGAUGCAUUUGUGUAUGCCAUGGAGAAGGAAGGAUUUGAGGGAAUUCCAGUGAUGGUAACAGAGACCGGUUGGCCGACUGCUGGAAUUGACGGUGCGAGCAUUGACAAUGCCUUGUCUUACAAUGGGAAUGUUGUGAGAAGAGCUUUGACCAAUGUAGGUACGCCUAAGAGGCCUGGAGUUGGCCUGGAUGUUUUCUUGUUUGAUUUGUUUGAUGAGAAUAAAAAGAGUGGGGAGGAGUUUGAGAGGCAUUUUGGGAUUUUAGGAGAUAAUGGAAUUAAGGCCUAUGACAUUAGGUUCAACUAAAAUUCAGUCAUUCUAUUGGUUAGGUUCAACUAAAAUUCAGUCAUUCUAUAGGUCUAGCUAAAUUAUUUUUUUUCAGGUGUGGUUAUUGCAUUCUAAUUUAUAAGUUAAUCAUGUGUAUCUGCGAAUCCCAAAUUUAGAGGUGGCGGGUCUCUCACUAUUUUGAACAUAGCCAUAUUGUCAUUUACAUGGUCCAAAUAGUUUUG